ACUGAGCGUGACAUAUCACUCGCACCGCGGUGUUUAUAUUUGAAAUAAGAGUGACAUAGCUAUAAAUAGUAAAAUGAUCAAGAUAACGCAGGAUAUUAAUUUGGAAAAUUAUACGCUUAUUCUGCCGUCGGUGGCGGUUGGAAACGUCGGGCAACUGUCCGUCGAUUUGUUGAUCUCAAAUCUUAACCUUCGGAAAAUCGGUCAAAUUUUUAGCCCGGCUUUCGUACCCAUCGUCGGCGCGAAUGCUUAUGACGAGCAAUCAAAGGAUCUUAUUACGGCGAUCGACAUUUACGGAGGUAUCAAGGAACGUCUUGUCGUCAUACAAAUUCGCUCGCCGUAUGUGAAUGAUUUGACAAAAUUUUUCAACGAACUCGAGCUGUUCGUCGUUGAGAGAAAAAUAGCUCAAGUGAUAAUCCUAACUAGCAGUUACGAUUAUGAGAGGAGGGAAAUCGUACCGCAGCAUCUCAAAUUAAGAUAUAUCGCUUCUCCUGGUGUACAUUCGGAGAAUGACAAAUUGUUUCGCGACCUCAACUGGAUCGAGCACAAAUCGAAAUGUGUAUCGGAUACAAAUAGAGAGGAGAAAUUACGGAUACCGGGAGGUGGAUUCGCCAGGAGCAUGUUCGACUCUCUUUCCAGUGCCAACAUUCCUUGUGCAGUUUUGUUCAAGUUCUGUUCUGAGGGAGACAACAUCGCAGAUGCAGUAGCUUUAGUGUACUACUUAGAUCAAUGGAUACGAGUAUUGGGAUCAAAUAGUGAUGGCAGUAACGAUAGUUUAAAGUAUCCACCAUCGUGGAAACACUUAUUUGGAAAGCCACUUCAAUAUGAUAUGUAUUAAGUGUGUUCUAAUAUAUCAUAUGUUGUUCUAUUAAUCCGUUUUAUUAUUUGAUAAUAUUUUCACUACACAAUCUCUAAUAAAACGUGUAUUUGGUGUAAUACAUGGAAUGGAAUAUAA